GCUGCUUUCGUUUUGGUUUCCCGGAAGAAUUCGGAUGCGGGCGAUGUGAGUGGAGUCAGGGCUGGCGAUUUACCUCCUUUCUCGGCCUGUGUCCGCUUUUCAUGUGAGGAGUGUUUGUCGGGGGCGCUGCGAAUCAGCACAGUUUUCCUGGGCUGCCUGAAGUUGAGGAGAGACCAUGACAAAUUGUGAGACACGCUGCAGGCUCCAGGAAGAGCAAGUAUGUGAAGUGCCAACCCGCAGCCCAAUGCCAAGGGCAGGCUCCCCCCAAGUUCAGCCUAGACUAGUCACCACCGUCUACAGUCACUCUCAGGGUGAGCUCAGCCACUUGCCCAGGAAGUUGAAAACCCAGCCUUCUCUCUGGAGCAAGACAGAUGUCACACAGUGGCUAAAAUGGGCAGAGAGAGAAUAUUCCCUGUGCUACAUUGAGGAAAACAAGUUUGAAAUGAAUGGAAAGGCCCUCUGUCUGCUUACCAAGGAUGACUUCCGGUACCGUUCUCCCAGUUCAGGGGAUGUGCUGUAUGAAAUACUUCAACAGAUCAAUAACUACAGGAGCUUUGCACAAAGGAAUUCCAUCAUGAACCCAGCAGCAGAACAGGCCAUCCACUCCCCACAUGUAGCUCUGCACAGAACAUUCAGAGGUAUCCAAGAACCGACACCAGUAUUCCCAUCACCUAUAUAUGUGUCCAGCAGCCCUGUCCUAUCCCAGAGUAACAACGCCUCAGUUCAGCUUCCAGUGCGAUCAGGUGGACCCAUGAUGGAUGGAAGAGAAAAGAUCAACACAAGACCGUUUCAGAGGUUCCAGUUCCACACAGAUAGGGCAGUGUCUCGAAUCACGAGCAUGGUGCAGUGUCAGAAACCCCUCAGUGUGAUGAACAUACCCAUGCAGAUCUCCCUCAGCAAGCUGAACAACACUGAGCUGCGCAGAAAUGGCCACUGGGAGGAACCGCUAAACCUCUCAAACAGGUCAGAGGGCAAGAGGAGUCAUGUGACAUGCUCACUACUUUCUGCAUGGCAAACUCCAGCCACUGGGAAAAUAGCAGACUGCAGGCUGCUCUGGGACUAUGUUUAUCAGCUACUCUCUGACAGUCGAUAUGAGCAGUACAUCAGGUGGGAAGAUAAAGAUUCCAAGAUCUUUCGUGUAGUGGAUCCUAAUGGAUUGGCCCGUCUCUGGGGGAAUCACAAGAACCGAGCGAACAUGACAUACGAGAAGAUGUCUAGAGCUCUAAGGCACUAUUACAAACUGAACAUCAUCAGAAAGGAACCCGGCCAGAAACUGGUCUUCAGAUUUCUGAAGACUCCGGGGGAAAUCAUCCACAAACCAGACAAAUUGGAGCAACUGGAAUUACAAGAACAGGAAGGAGCAGAUUUCAAAGAGGACACAUUUCAACUGUCACCAUGACAGUGGAAUAAAGAUGGCAUUAACCUGAACCCUGAGCCUGACCAGUUCUUGUUCUACAGACUGACACUUGUCAAUUGUGGCUACACCAAUCCAAAACAAACUGUGUCUUUUCUCCAAAUGGUACCAAUGUGAAAUUUUCCUGUUUUUAUGAGGGUUUGUAAUUUUGGUCUGUUGAUAAUAGCACUACAUUUCAUGUAUGCACUGUAAGAUAUGUUAAGAAGCUUGCUGUGAAAUUUCUGAAGGGAAAUUGUGAAUAAAUUCUUAAUAAUUUGUGCCA